AUGGUCCUCUUUCCUCAGGAGGCAAGCCUUGAAGAGCUUCUGAAAAAUUCUGUCACAGAACUGACCAAGCUGUCAGACAUGACAAAGCUCCACCAAGCGGUGGCCGCCGGGGACUGCAGCUCAGUGAGAAAGAUCUUGAAGAAAGGCCUCUGUGACCCAAACUACAAGGACAUGGACUGGAACGACCGGACCCCACUUCACUGGGCUGCAAUCAAAGGACAAAUGGAGGUGACGCACCUCCUGCUGGAGCACGGAGCCAGCCCCUGCCUGGUGACGGAUGUGGGCUGGACUCCGGCUCACUUCGCAGCCGAGGCAGGGCACCUGAGCGUGCUCAAAGCCCUGCACGCAUGGCACGCUGCCAUCGAUGCCCCGGACUUCUUUGGAGACACGCCCAAGAGGAUUGCACAGAUCUACGGGCAGACAGCCUGUGUGGCCUUCCUGGACAGGGCGGAGCGGGAGUGCCAGGCCCACCGCAGCCAGGCCCAGCACGCAGGGCUGCGUCUGGAUGAGCAGGACGCAGACUGGCACACCAAGAAGCGAGAGCUGGAGCUGUCUCUUCCUUCCACACGAAGAAGAAGAGCGAGAGAAGCCCAGGCCCCCGCCAGGCCCGGCCACGCCAGGCCGUGGAGACGCGCGUGA